AUGCAGCAAGAACAUAUUCUAUGCACUAAAGAUGAAAAUUUACUUGUUUAUAAAUCAUCUUCUGGUAUUAAUUCAUUAUCUAAACAUAUUCCUAGUUCUCAAAAAAAAAAAACGACAGUUUCCUAUUCUCAAACAAGUAUCCAUCAGUUUUAUUCAUCCUCGAAAAAUAAAUUAUCUAUUUCAGAUCAAGUUAAGCAGGAAGUUAGAGUUGCUUGUGCUGCAUUUGCAGCACUUGGUUAUUGA